AUGCUUUUUGAAGACGUAUGUAUGAAACUCGCAGGCCAGCUGAUGAUGGAGAUAACCAUCACUAUGUUGACUGGAAGAUCCCAAACCCUGACGGUGUGUCCUGAGGACACGGUGAAGGCGCUGAAAAACCUAAUUGAGACCAAGACGGGGAUAGCCGCUCAUACCCGGAAGCUGGUGUUGGCAGGCAGCCGCAGGACCCCUCCGGACGACGACGACUCCUGCGGCCCGCGGGUGUGCCUGCUGGCGGAGGAGUCAAGAACCGUCCAGGUGUUCUUAAGAAACGAAAAGGGGCAACCGAGUACCUACGAGAUCGACACGGGCGAGCAGAGGGGGGGACUCGUUCAUCAAGGCCGUGAAAUGGCCAGCGGGAAACUGGAGGACUACGACGUCGGAGCUUCGAGCACCAUCGACACGACCUUUCGCCUGAGAGGAAGCUGACGAAGAGCCACCCGCACCUUUUUUCUUUCAAUAUGUGCCGGUGUGUGUAUUCUUCAAAGUCAAAUGACACUAUUAUUCUCUUCAAUUUAUUUUUGACGAAGACAUUAUGAUCCGCAGUAGUCCUACAUCUCACCCUUUCAUUCCCAUUUGGCAGAUCUCUGUUGCGUUUUAAACUUGUGCAAAACCAGUCAAGUAUCCAAAAUUCAAUCACAGUGUUAAAAGUCA